GGCGGCUUGUCCCUUUGGUAGUUGAAUCCCGCCCAUUCCAAAAAGCGCUGACAGAGAUGUAAAGGGUUUUUUUUGUUUGUUUUUUGUUUUUUUCCCCCUCGAAGAAAACAUUGGAAUUCACCCCAAUGGACAAAAAUUUAAGUCUGACCAUACAAAAAAAUUGUCAGAACUAUGGCGCAACGGCAACUCGAAUAACGGUGGGAGCGUUAAUUGUCCUGGCUAAUAAAAAAUGUAUAUAACAUUUCCUAUCCUUAAAGAGCUCACAACCUCACUGAUAAUAAAAAGUACAAAGAAAACAAGCAGUAUAACAUAUGAUUACGCCACAAUGAACUACAGAAGGGAAAAUCAAGGCGUGCUGAAGUCCCACUAAGAAACAACUGCGCAAAGAGCCAUGUGACAACAGUGCAUGAACUGGGAGUGGCAGAACUUAAUAUAAAUGCAUGUGUAAACACAAGCUGUUUGUUUUGCUUAGUGUUCCUUGUCAUUCUACACGCUUGAAGAUCAGCUAGCGUUCUUGCUGACAGGUAAGGAGGACGCGCUUACUGAGUGCCAAGCACUGCUCAGGCACUGAUUCUGUCAAUCUCUGUCAAUCUCCCGACAGCCCAAGGGUAAGCACUGUUAUCAUUUUUCAAUUUUACAGAAAACAAAUGCGGGGGAGAGGUCAGGUAACUUGCCAAAGGUAACGCCGCUAGUUGCUUUAAACAACAACAACAACAACAAAACACACUCACACAUAUACACACACACGCCAUUUAAAAAUCGAUCUUUCCUACGUCCAGCAAGGGCCAAUUAGAGAUGGCUGUGGCACGGCGGCCCCGCCCCGGAACUCCUCAAGAGCUUUGCCCCUCCUUACCUAUGGAAAGACAGGAAGUGACCUAUGCUCACACUUCUCAUGGCCUCGGCCCUAGUGGGAGCAACUCGCUGAAGCCGAGGGCAGAACUGGCGGAAGUGACAUUAUCAACGCGCGCCAGGAGUUCAGUGAGGUCGGGCAGGUUCGCUGUGGCGGGCGUCUGGGCCGCCGGCUGUUUAACUUCGCUUCCGCUGGCCCAUCGUGAUCUUUGCAGUGACCCAGCAUCACUGUUUCUUGGCGUGUGAAGAUAACCCAAGGAAUUGAGGAAGUUGCUGAGAAGAGUGUGCUGGAGAUGCUCUAGGAAAAAAUUGGAUAGUGAGACGAGUUCCAGCGCAAGGGUUUCUGGUUUGCCAAGAAGAAAGUGAACAUCAUGGAUCAGAACAACAGCCUGCCACCUUACGCUCAGGGCUUGGCCUCCCCUCAGGGUGCCAUGACUCCCGGAAUCCCUAUCUUUAGUCCAAUGAUGCCUUAUGGCACUGGACUGACCCCACAGCCUAUUCAGAACACCAAUAGUCUGUCUAUUUUGGAAGAGCAACAAAGGCAGCAGCAGCAACAACAACAGCAGCAGCAGCAGCAGCAGCAACAGCAACAGCAGCAGCAGCAGCAGCAGCAGCAGCAGCAGCAGCAGCAGCAGCAGCAACAGGCAGUGGCAGCUGCAGCCGUUCAGCAGUCAACGUCCCAGCAGGCAACACAGGGAACCUCAGGCCAGGCACCACAGCUCUUCCACUCACAGACUCUCACAACUGCACCCUUGCCGGGCACCACUCCACUGUAUCCCUCCCCCAUGACCCCCAUGACCCCCAUCACUCCUGCCACGCCAGCUUCGGAGAGUUCUGGGAUUGUACCGCAGCUGCAAAAUAUUGUAUCCACAGUGAAUCUUGGUUGUAAACUUGACCUAAAGACCAUUGCACUUCGUGCCCGAAACGCCGAAUAUAAUCCCAAGCGGUUUGCUGCGGUAAUCAUGAGGAUAAGAGAGCCACGAACCACGGCACUGAUUUUCAGUUCGGGGAAAAUGGUGUGCACGGGAGCCAAGAGUGAAGAACAGUCCAGACUGGCAGCAAGAAAAUAUGCUAGAGUUGUCCAGAAGUUGGGUUUUCCAGCUAAGUUCUUGGACUUCAAGAUUCAGAACAUGGUGGGGAGCUGUGAUGUGAAGUUUCCUAUAAGGUUAGAAGGCCUUGUGCUCACCCACCAACAAUUUAGUAGUUAUGAGCCAGAGUUAUUUCCUGGUUUAAUCUACAGAAUGAUCAAACCCAGAAUUGUUCUCCUUAUUUUUGUUUCUGGAAAAGUUGUAUUAACAGGUGCUAAAGUCAGAGCAGAAAUUUAUGAAGCAUUUGAAAACAUCUACCCUAUUCUAAAGGGAUUCAGGAAGACGACGUAAUGGCUCUCAUGUACCCUUGCCUCCCCCACCCCCCCUUUUUUUUUUUUUUAAACAAAUCAGUUUGUUUUGGUACCUUUAAAUGGUGGUGUGAGAAGAUGGAUGUUGAGUUGCAGGGUGUGGCACCAGGUGAUGCCCUUCUGUAAGUGCCCACCGCGGGAUGCCGGGAAGGGGCAUUAUUUGUGCACUGAGAACACCGCGCAGCGUGACUGUGAGUUGCUCAUACCGUGCUGCUAUCUGGGCAGCGCUGCCCAUUUAUUUAUAUGUAGAUUUUAAACACUGCUGUUGACAAGUUGGUUUGAGGGAGAAAACUUUAAGUGUUAAAGCCACCUCUAUAAUUGAUUGGACUUUUUAAUUUUAAUGUUUUUCCCCAUGAACCACAGUUUUUAUAUUUCUACCAGAAAAGUAAAAAUCUUUUUUAAAAGUGUUGUUUUUCUAAUUUAUAACUCCUAGGGGUUAUUUCUGUGCCAGACACAUUCCACCUCUCCAGUAUUGCAGGACAGAAUAUAUGUGUUAAUGAAAAUGAAUGGCUGUACAUAUUUUUUUUUCUUCAGAGUACUCUGUACAAUAAAUGCAGUUUAUAAAAGUGUUA